AUGGGAAGAUUAGACACUCUGAGAGAAUUUAAUUUAUUGUCAUGGAUGAGAGAGGAAAGACAAUCGAGGAAGUUGACCCUGGUCAUCGUUUUCAUCGCCUUGCUGCUGGAUAAUAUGCUUCUAACGGUGGUCGGUAGGUGCAACUUUGGAAAAAUUAUUUUCACACCUGUUACUGUUGUGUCAACCGUUGUUUCACCAAUUGAAACGUAUCAAUGCCUUUCUAAAGGCCAAUUCGAGUCUGUUGCUUGCCUAAAUAAUUGACAGAUAUUCUUUUGAAUCAUGCAAUGUUUUGUUAUUUCCCUUGUAAGAAGGUUGUAUUCUCCUUUUUGUUUAGAGUAGUUCAAUUAUAAUUUUUGGUGUGGAACAAAAGUUAUUCCGUCCUGGCUAUUGCUUUCCCCCAAAAAUAUAAAGAAAAAUAAGGCUAGUCUAAAGCCUAUGAUUUGCUCAUAAUUUUACCUUGCCUGAAGCUUUGUAAUUAUAUACGAAAUUAGACACUAGCUCCUUCAGUUGUUAAAUUUAAUUCAAAUAAGAUACACAUUGGUUUUCAUCUGAUAUCCAAUAUUAGAUAGCACAAUGAGUAAGAAUGACAGCCUGGUCUCAUAGACUAGACGUAACAUAGUAAAUGUAAAUCAUGGCCACUAAAAUUAGUAUGAUAUGUUAGGUUUGGUAUGGUUACAUAAAACAGAAGGUUAAGUAAGGCAAAAACGAAAGUAUGGUGGGUAAGCGUAUAACGCGAAUGUCGAGCAACCCAAAGGUUGCGUGUUUGAAUCUCAUCACGGACAACUAGCAUUUUAACUAAUUAGCAACUUUGCAACUACUUACUACUUUUGAGCUACUUUGCAACUACUUAACAUGUUAGUGUUAGCCACCUAGCUAACAUUAGCCACAACAAAUUGCAAUUCAUAACAUAUCAUACGAAAUGGAUGAUGGACAUCCACAAAUGAAUACAUACCAAUACCAAAUGUAACAUAUCAGACUAAUUGGGGUGUCUGGAUGUACAUUUACUAUGUUACGUCUACCCCUGAGUCCAGGCUGAGAAUGAAUGCAUAAAAUAUGUCAUAAAUCAAACAGAUUGUGAAUUAAAAUGUAAAAAUACCCAUAAUAACAUAUUAGUAAGCGGCCUAUGUGCUACAAUGUUGUUCCCUAAACAUUUCAUCUGUCCAUUAUUCAUUUUAUCAGAUUGUGUCAAGUGGUUUAACACCUUAGGCAUUUUCAAAAGCUGUAUGUAGCCUAUAGUGUAAAGCUUCACAGGGAGAUUAAUUGUUAAUAAUUGGUCAUCAUUUAUAUAUCCUUUCACGUGGCAAGUGAAGAGUAAUUAGUAAAUGAAAACUAUGGUGGACCGGGAUGGUGGACCCGCUACAGAUUAUUUGGGCAGGGAAUUCAUCCAUCUGUAUAUUUUUGGUCCCAAGGUCCCCAGCUCACUUGAUUUCCUUGAAAGCAUCAGCACUGCCAUUACCAAUGAAUCUCCCAGUCGUAUCAGAUAGAUUAUAGAUGACAUUGAUGUGCACACGAAUGCUGUUAUUUUGCGCGAUAUUGUGCCGUUAGCGCUGGACACGUCUCCCGGACAUGUCCCUUGAGCACUGGAUACAGAUGCGCAUUGGAAGAAUGUCCGAAUGUCAGUCAGAAAUGACUCUAGAGUAGCUGUACAGUGCCUUGCAGAAGUAUUCACCCCCCUUUGUGUUCUUCCUAUUUUGUUGCAUUACAACCUGUAAUUUAAAUUGAUUUUUAUUUGGAUUUCAUGUAAUGGACAUACACAAAAUAGUCCACAUUUCAAAAAAUUCUAAAAAAUGAAUAAUGGAAAAGUGGUGCGUGCAUAUGUAUUCACCCCCUUUGCUAUGAAGCCCCUAAAUGAGAUCUGGUGCAACCAAUUACCUUCAGAAGUAACAUAAUUAGUUAAAUAAAGUCCACCUGUGUGCAAUCUAAGUAUCACAUGAUCUGUCACAUGAUCUCAGUAUAUAUAAACCUGUUCUGAAAGGCCCCAGAGUCUGCAACACCACUAAGCAAGGGGCACCACCAAGCAAGCGGCACCAUGAAGACCAAGGAGCUCUCCAAACUGGUCAGGGACAAAGUUGUGGAGAAGUACAGAUCAGGGUUGGGUUAUAAAAAAAUAUCAGAAACUUUGAACAUCCCACGGAGCACCAUUAAAUCCAUUAUUAAAAAAUUUAAAGAAUAUGGCACCACAAUAAACCAGAGAGGGCCGCCCACCAAAACUCACGGACCAGGCAAGGAGGGCAUUAGUCAGAGAGGCAACAAAUACACCAAAGAUAACCCUGAAGGAGCUGCAAAGUUCCACAGCAGAGAUUGGAGUAUCUAUCCAUAGGACCACUUUAAGCCGUACACUCCACAGAGCUGGGCUUUACGGAAGAGUGGCCAGAAAAAAGACAUUGCUUAAAGAAAAAAAUAAGCAAACACGUUUGGUGUUCACCAAAAGGCAUGUGGGAGACUCCCCAAACAUAUGGAAGAAGGUUCUCUGGUCAGAUGAGACUAAAACUGAGCUUUUUGGCCAUCAAGGAAAACGUUAUGUCUGGCGCAAACCCAACACCUCUCAUCACCCCGAGAACACCAUCCCCACAGUGAAGCAUGGUGGUGGCAGCAUCAUGCUGUGGGGAUGUUCUUCAUCAGCAGAGACUGGGAAACUGGUCAGAAUUGAAGGAAUGAUGGAUGGCGCUAAAUACAGGGAAUUUUUUUAGGGAAACCUGUUUCAGUCUUCCAGAGAUUUGAGACUGGGACGGAGGUUCACCUUUCAGCAGGACAAUGACCCUAAGCAUACUGCUAACGCAACACUCAAGCGGUUUAAGGGGAAACAUUUAAAUGUCUUGGAAUGGCCUAGUCAAAGCCCAGACCUCAAUCCAAUUGAGAAUCUGUGGUAUGACUUAAAGAUUGCUGUACACCAGCAGACCCCAUCCAACUUGAAGGAUCUGGAGCAGUUUUGCCUUGAAGAACGGGCAAAAAUCCCAGUGGCUAUAUGUGCCAACCUUAUAGAGACAUACCCCAAGAGACCUGCAGCUGUAAUUGCUGCAAAAGGUGGCUGUACAAAGUAUUGAUUUGGGGGGGGUGAAUAGUUAUGUACGCUCAAGUUUUCUGUUUUUCUGUCUUAUUUCUUGUUUGUUUCACAAUAAAACAUAUUUUUAAUCUUCAAAGUGGUAGGCAUUUGUUUAAAUCAAAUGAUACAAACCCCCAAAAAAUCAAUUUUAAUUCCAGGUUGUAAGGCAACAAAAUAGGACAAAUGCCAAGGGGGGUGAAUACUUUCGCAAGCCACUGUAUAUGCCUAUACGUGAUUGGAGGCAAAUCUAUAAACAGCAAGGGUAUGAAUAACAAUUAAUAUGAUAAAAACAUAAUAACAAUAAUAUGAAAAUAAUAAGCUAAAACCAUCUUCAUGGGGCCAAUUAUUGUGUUAUCUGCCACAUUUAUAGCUAAAUUAGUUAAAUAUAUUCUUAUCCUUUGAAACAAAUGUAGUGUGUGUGCUAAUGUCCUACAUUUACAUUUUAGUCAUUUAGCAGACGCUCUUAUCCAGAGCGACUUACAGUUAGUGAAUAGAUUUUUUUUUUUUUUUUUUUUUUUAUACUGGCCCCCCGUGGGAAUCGAACCCACAACCCUGGCAUUGCAAACACCAUGCUCUAUCAACUGAGCUACAUCCCUGCCGGCCAUUCCCUCCCCUACCCUGGACGACGCUGGGCAAAUUGUGCGCCGCCCCAUGGGUCUCCCGGUCGCGGCCGGCUACGACAGAGCCUGGAUUCGAACCAGGAUCUCUAGUGGCACAGCUAGCACUGCGAUGCAGUGCCUUAGACCACUGCGCCACUCGGGAGUCCUACCUGCUACACAAAUCAAAUAAAAGGAAAUACAUUUGUAAUUAUAUUCCACACAGAUUUCUUUGGAUGAUGAUGUAUAUCAGAAUAUACUAUAGUAGACAUAAAACUUUUCACCAUCUGUUUUUCUGCUCCUUUCUUCCUGGUAGUCCCCAUCAUCCCCAGCUACCUAUACACAAUUGAUGAUGCAGCAGCCAACAUGGCCAAGAAUCACACCAUGGUCUCCCCACACACCCCUUCUGGAACCUUCCAGACCAUUGUGUCCCUCUAUGACAACUCUGUCAGGGUAACCAGCGGGGGCCCAAUGGAUUCCACACCCAUACCCUUGGGUCAGACGCAGGCGGUCUCUCCUUCCACCUCGGCUCUCACACCCCACAACUCCACACAGCCUGACUGCCCCAAAGCAGAUGACCAGCUGCUCAAUGAGAAUGUGAAAGUGGGGCUACUCUUUGCCUCCAAGGCCACCGUACAGCUCAUCACCAACCCCUUUAUUGGGCCUCUCACCAACAGGUGGGUGAAUGACAUGAUCACACUGGUUGGUGUGUUUUCUGUUGCUCUUUUUCAAAUGUCUUAUAUUAUUUAAAUGAAAUGCCAGCUGUGAACUGGUUUGCAUGGCAACUAGCUUAGAAGUUGGGAGGCUUGAGAUACUGUAUAUUCAUAUAAUUGAGGUUUCGUAAGACCUGUCUAUUUAUGUUGCCCUUGUUUAUGAAGAGUUUUAGCAUUUAAAAUUAUUCCCUGGUUGCACAAUUUUUUAAAUUAUGGUUAUAAAGUGGUUGUUUGAAAUCAAAUCAAAUCAAAUGUUAUUUGCCACAUGCGCCGAAUACAACAGGUGUAGUAGACCUUACAGUGAAAUGCUUACUUACAAGCCCUUAACCAACAAUGCAGUUUUAAGAAAAAAAGUGUUAAAUAAAAAAUAGAUACAGUGAGGGAAAAAAGUAUUUGAUCCCCUGCUGAUUUUGUACGUUUGCCCACUGACAAAGACAUGAUCAGUCUAUAAUUUUAAUGGUAGGUUUAUUUGAACAGUGAGAGACAGAAUAACAACAAAAUAAUCCAGAAAAACGCAUGUCAAAAAUGUUAUAAAUUGAUUUGCAUUUUAAUGAGGGAAAUAAGUAUUUGACCCCUCUGCAAAACAUGACUUAGUACUUGGUGGCAAAACCCUUGUUGGCAAUCACAGAGGUCAGAAGUUUCUUGUAGUUGGCCACCAGGUUUGCACACAUCUCAGGAGGGAUUUUGUUCCACUCCUCUUUGCAGAUCUUCUCCAAGUCAUUAAGGUUUUGAGGCUGACGUUUGGCAACUCGAACCUUCAGCUCCCUCCACAGAAUUUCUAUGGGAUUAAGGUCUGGAGACUGGCUAGGCCACUCCAGGACCUUAAUGUGCUUCUUCUUGAGCCACUCCUUUGUUGCCUUGGCCGUGUGUUUUGGGUCAUUGUCAUGCUGGAAUACCCAUCCACGACCCAUUUUCAAUGCCCUGGCUGAGGGAAGGAGGUUCUCACCCAAGAUUUGACGGUACAUGGCCCCGUCCAUCGUCCCUUUGAUGCGGUGAAGUUGUCCUGUCCCCUUAGCAGAAAAACACCCCCAAAGCAUAAUGUUUCCACCUCCAUGUUUGACGGUGGGGAUGGUGUUCUUGGGGUCAUAGGCAGCGUUCCUCCUCCUCCAAACACAGCAAGUUGAGUUGAUGCCAAAGAGCUCGAUUUUGGUCUCAUCUGACCACAACACUUUCACCCAGUUCUCCUCUGAAUCAUUCAGAUGUUCAUUGGUAAACUUCAGACGGCCCUGUAUAUGUGCUUUCUUGAGCAGGGGGACCUUGCGGGCGCUGCAGGAUUUCAGUCCUUCAUGGCGUAGUGUGUUACCAAUUGUUUUCUUGGUGACUAUGGUCCCAGCUGCCUUGAGAUCAUUGACAAGAUCCUCCCGUGUAGUUCUGGGCUGAUUCCUCACCGUUCUCAUGAUCAUUGCAACUCCACGAGGUGAGAUCUUGCAUGGAGCCCCAGGCCGAGGGAGAUUGACUGUUCUUUUGUGUUUCUUCCAUUUGCGAAUAAUCGCACCAACUGUUGUCACCUUCUCACCAAGCUGCUUGGCGAUGGUCUUGUAGCCAAUUCCAGCCUUGUGUAGAUCUACAAUCUUGUCCCUGACAUCCUUGGAGAGCUCUUUGGUCUUGGCCAUGGUGGAGAGUUUGGAAUCUGAUUGAUUGAUUGCUUCUGUGGACAGGUGUCUUUGAUACAGGUAACAAGCUGAGAUUAGGAGCACAGCGUGUGUUGUUACCUACCCUUACCACCUGGGGGCGGCCCGUCAGGAAGUCCAGGAUCCAGUUGCAGAUGGAGGUGUUUAGUCCCAGGGUCCUUAGCUUAGUGAUGAGCUUUGAGGGCACUAUGGUGUUGAACGCUGAGCUGUAGUCAAUGAAUAGCAUUCUCACGUAGGUGUUCCUCUUGUCCAGGUGGGACAGGGCAGUGUGGAGUGCAAUAUAGAUUGCAUUAUCUGUGUAUCUUUUGGGGCGGUAUGCAAAUUGUAGUGGGUCUAGGGUUUCUGGGAUAAUGGUGUUGAUGUGAGCCAUGACCAGCCUUUCAAAGCACUUCAUGGCUACAGACGUGAGUGCUACGGGUCGGUAGUCAUUUAGGCAGGUUAUCUUAGUGUUCUUGGGCACAGGGACUAUGGUGGGCUGCUUGAAACAUGUUGGUAUUACAGACUCGUCUAUUUGCGCCUCUACCGGAUGGAAACUACAAGUGUAACGGCUGCGCUCAAUGCAAUGGCACUUACAAAUGUAGAUCCUUUAAACACCCCCAAACAGGGAAACAGAUCCCAAUCAAAGGUGUUAUUACGUGCUCCACUAAGGCAGUUAUUUAUCUUAUAACUUGUCCUUGUGGUAAAAAUGAUGUGGGUAAAACAAAGCACAAAUUAAAAGUACGAAUCUCGGAGCAUCGUAGCACCAUUAGGUGCAAAAACUCGACAUACCCAUUCGCUGUCCACUUCUUGGAAGCGAACCAUUCGAUUUCGUCCCUACGUUAUAUAGGCAUCGAACAUGUCACCCUCCCUAGGAGAGGGGGUGACCUCGACAACUUAUUGUUAAAACGAGAGGCUGCCUGGAUCUUUAAUUUAAAGACCCUUGCUCUCUUCGGUCUCAACGUACACUUUGAUUUGAAGCCAUUCUUGUGAUUAUUGUGAUUUUGCUAUUCAUUGUAAAUGUUUGUGGGCCUAUGUAGCCAAGUUGUAUCUAUUUUAUGAUCGUAUGCUAUCCAUGUUUUUUGUAUGUUCUGUUUAUCUGUGAAUUAACCAACGCUAUUAGGCCACACCUGGCCAUGAUUACAGACACCUGCGUGUGUCCUUUGACAUUAUAUAAACUACUGACCCGCAGUGUUUGUCAUUAUACCCUGAUGAAGACAGCUUGUCUGUCGAAACGUUGGUUAUUAGGAUAUUAAAUGAUUGCAUCUGAGCUCCAAGAGUGUGCGGCUUUCCUUUUCUUUUUCAAGUGUUUUACUCCGUUAGCCAGUACCUCGCCUAAAUAGGUGUGCGUUUCUUUCGCCUCUGUAUUACAGACUCAGUCAGGGACAUGUUGAAAAUGUCAGUGAAGACACUUGCCAGUUGAUCAGCGUAUGCUCGGAGUACACGUUCUGGUAAUCCGUCUGGCCCUGCGGCCUUGUGAAUUUUGACCUGCUUAAAAGUCUUACUCACAUCGGCUACGGAGAGCGUGAUCACAUAGUCAUCCGGAACAGCUGAUGCUCUCAUGCAUGCUUCAGUGUUGCUUGCCUCGAAGCGAGCAUAGAAGUGAUUUAGCUCGUCUGGUAAGCUCUUGUCACUGGGCAGCUCGCGGCUGUGCUUCCCUUUGUAGUCUGUAAUAGUUUGCAAGCCCUGCCACAUCCGACGAGCGUCGGAGCCGGUGUAGUACGAUUCAAUCUUAGCCCUGUUUGAUGGUUUGUCGGAGGGCAUAGCAGGAUUUCUUAUAAGCGUCCGGGUUAGAGUCCCGCUCCUUGAAAGCGGCAGCUCUACCCUUUAGCUCAGUGCGGAUGUUGCCUGUAAUCCAUGGCUUCUGGAUGGGGUAUGUACGUACGGUCACUUUGGGGACAACGUCAUCGAUGCACUUAUUGAUGAAGCCAGUGACUGAUGUGGUGUACUCCUCAAUGCCAUCGGAAGAAUCCCGGAACAUAUUCCAGUCUGUGCUAGCAAAACAGUCCUGUAGCUUAGCAUCUGCGCCAUCUGACCACUUCCUUAUUAACCGAGUCACUGGUGCUUCCUGCUUUAGUUUUUGCUUAUAAGCAGGAAUCAGGAUGAUAGAAUUAUGGUCAGAUUUGCCAAAUGGAGGGCGAGGGAGAGCUUUGUACGUGUCUCUGUGUGUGGAGUAAAGGUGGUCUAGAGUUUUUUUUCCUCUGGAUGCACAUUUAACAUGCUGGUAGAAAUGAGGUAGAACGGAUUUAAGUUUCCCCGGAUGAGCGUUUUCCUGUUUGCUUAUGGCCUUAUACAGCUCAUUGAGUGCAAUCUUAGUGCCAGCAUCGGUUUGUGGUGGUAAAUAGACAGCUACGAAAAAUAUAGAAGAAAACUCUCUUGUUAAAUAGUGUGGUCUACAGCUUAUCAUGAGAUAAUCUACCUCCGGCGAGCAAAACCUUGAGACUUCCUUAGUAUUAGGUUUUAUCCACCAGCUGUUGUUUACAAAUAUACACAGACCGCCACCUCUUGUCUUACCGGAGUCAGCCGUUCUAUCCUGCCGAUGUAGCGUAUAUCCCGCUAGCUGUAUGUUAUCCAUGUCAUUACCAUUUUUUUAAAUUCCUGUUGGUAGGAUAUCCUUGAUCUUAGGUCGUCCAUUUUGUUUUCAAAUGAUUGUACGUUGGCUAAUAGGAUUGAUGGAAGAGGCAGAUUACUCGCUCGCCAUAGGAUCCUUACAAGGCACCCCGACCUACGUCCACGAUAUCUCCGUCUCUUUCUCAUGCGAAUAAGGCAGAUUUGGGCCUUGUCGGGUGUCUGUAGAAUAUCAUUCGCGUCCGACUCGUUGAAGAAAAAAUCUUCAUCCAAUACGAGGUGAGUAAUCGCUGUCCUGAUAUCCAGAAGCUCUUUUUGGUCAUAAGAGACAGUGGCAGAAACAUUAUGAACAGAAUAAAUUACAAAUAACGCGAAAAAACACAAUUGGUUAGAGGGCCGUAAAACAGCAGCCAUCUCAUCUCCUCCGGCGCCAUUACACGUUUCAUACAGUUAUGACUUGAUUUAAGUAAUAAUUAAGAGAAGUCGUUUUGAAUGACACUAAAAUGAGAUGACAGCAGGCAUGCAGGUUAUGCCAGUGUGUAUCUUCAGAGUUCAGUGUGUAGCCACAUGCAGUGUGGGUGCCUGCCAGGUCACAGUGGCUUCCUGCUAGCCCAGAGCUAAAUGGUGACUCAGCUUGGCCUGCGUUUGGGUAAUCAGUCAAAGGUCAAUGGAGAGAAAGACCAGUAACAGACUAUUUUCAAGUGACAGGGAGGAAAAUCAAAUGCUGACAUUUGUAUAUUGCUAUUUUGAGACCAAAUGUCAUGUCAGUUAGAUCUAAUCUAUAGCUGAAUUCCUGUUUAGAUGUUUGUGUUGGAUUUAUUUGUCUGCAUGCAUGCAUUCAGUAUGGAUCCCUGCUUGUAGUGCUUUACAAGCAAUUAUAGUUAUUGUUUUGAACUACUUACUGUGUUCUGAAAUUACUCAAUAUUGAUUAUACUAUGGAUCAAUACUUUUGUAGACAUAUCUGUAUGUUAGCGCACAUAUUCGGAAAGACCAAUUUGUCAGAGAUAUGACUGGCUCCCACGCAGUGCUCACUGCUCAGUAUUGACAAAUGCAUCAAGGCUAGUAUUUACCGUCUCAGCUGGGCACCACAAUAUGCUGUAAUUGAAGCAAACUAUAGAAUCCUAUUAUGUACACUUAGUCACCUUCCGUGUGGGAAAGGACAACACAAGGCAAGUCAUGCAUGUUAGGUACAUGGAACAAGCCUCUCAGUACACACAAUGCAUUGUGAUACAACAGAGUUUUUCUGCACAAAAAUAUUUACAAAAGCAUUGACAAUGCACAAUGGUUGUGUAAUUUUUGUGCAGACCAACUCCCAGAUGUGUAUCACCCAAAUAUCAGUUGUAUCACAACCAUUGUGUCAAAUGCAUUGUACAUCAGUUGUACAACCUGAGUUUGUACGAGGCCAAAGAGAGUUUCUGCCCAACUUCUGCUACUUGACUGCCUAAUGUUAGAUGAGCUGUAGUUAUCUGUGUCUUGUUUUAUAUAGUAUUGCAUUACAUUGUAUAGUAUUGAGAAAGGAUGUCUCAAUGUGCUUACAGAAUAGGAUACCAGAUCCCCAUGUUUGCUGGGUUCUGUAUUAUGUUCCUGUCAACCAUUAGUAAGUAUUACCCACAUCCACACCUGUCACAUCCACACCUGUUUCCAGAUCUCACACUGUGUUUCAAUUAUAUUUUUUCAUGAUUGAUGUUUUCUUUUGUUUUUUUGUCUAAAUUUCUAUUGUCGUUGUUGUCAAGUGUUCGCCUUCUCAUCGAGCUACACUCUGCUGUUUCUGGCCAGAUCCCUGCAGGGUGUUGGCUCCUCCUGCUCCUCCGUGGCUGGUAAGGUCCUUGGCAUUAUCCUGACAUUUAUGGAUGCUUUCAGGAUUAGCUUCACUUUGAGACAGCUGCAGCCAGCACAUUCAGUUUCACCAGAAACUUCACCUUUUUCUUACAGUAGGCCUACCUUGGUAUGCAUCUUUAUGUCUCUCGAGUUGAACAAUGAGGCAUUUAUUAUACACAGCUCUAGUUGACUUAUUGAAAGGUGCUGUGGUAAGAGGAACAACAAAUACUCCUAAUAUAACGCUGGUAAGUGUCUAUUCAAACAGUCACAGAGGUUUUGUUUUCUUCAAGCAGCCCUGGGAUAAAUGAAGAGCAGUGUUUCAAGAACUGUAAUAAUAAUAAUAAUAAUAAUAAAUGUAGUGUGCUAUAAAGAAAUACAGUGCCUUGCAAAAGUAUUCAGAUUGACAUUUUAUUAUGUUACAAAGUGGAAUUAAAAUUGGUGUAAUUGUCUUUUUUUCUGUCAACAAUAUACACAAAAUACUCUGUAAUGUCAAAGUGGAAGAAUUAAAGAUUAAUACAAAAUUGUAAUAAAUAAUUAAAAGUCGUUGCAUAACUAUUCAGCCCCUUUGUUUAGGCAAGCCUAAAUUAGUUCAGGAGUAAAAUUUGGCUUAACAAAUCACAUAAAAAGUUACAUGGACUCACUAUAAUAGGGGUUGACAUGAUCUUUAAAUGACUAACCCUUCCUCUGUCCCCCAUACAUACAUCUGUAAGGUCCCUCAGUCAAGUAUUGAAUUUCAAGCACAGAUUCAACAACAAAGACCAGGGAGCUUUUCAAGCUUUUCGAAAGCCUCAUAAAAAAGGGCAGUGAUUGGUUAAUGGGUAACAAUAACAAAUCAGUCAUUAAAUACCUUUAAGCAUGGUCUAGUUAAUAAUUAUGCUGUGCAUUAUGUAUUAAACCACACAGACAGGUGAACUGAGCUGCAGGACAGGAAUGAAACUGCUCCAUGAGGCCAUUGGUGAUUUUAAAACAGCUACAGAGUUCAAUGGCUGUGAUGGGAGAGAACUGAGGAUAGAUCAACAAACAUUGUAGUGACUCCACAAUAAUGACCUAAAUGACAGAGUGAAAAGAAGAACACAAAUAUACAAAACAUGCAUCUUGUAUACAACAAGGCACUACAGUAAUACUGCAAGAAAAACAUGGCAAAGGAAUACACUUUUUUGCCUAAAUGCAAACCCUAUGUCUGGGGCAAAUCCAACACAACACAUCACUGAGUAACUGCCUCCUUAUUUUCAAGCAUGGUGGUGGCUGCAUCAUGUUAUGGGUAUGCUUGACAUCGGCAAAUACUGGGGAGUUUUUCAGGAUAAAAAAAAAACGGGAUAGGGCUAACCACAGGCAAAAUCCUAGAGAGAAACAUGCUUAUUCACAUUUCAACACAAGGCCAAAUCUACACUGGAGUUGCUUACCAAGAAGACAGUGAAUGUUCCUAAGUGGCCAAGUUACAGUUUUGACUUAAAUCUGCUUGAAAUACUAUGGCAAGACUUGAAAAUUGCCAUGAUCCCCAACAUCUUGACAGAGCUUGAAGAAUUGAGAAAAUAAUAAUAGGCAAAUAUUGCACAAUCCAGCUGUGCAAAGCUCUUAGAGACUUACCCAAGAAGACUCACAGCUGUAAUUGCUGCCAAAGGUGUUUCUAACAUGUAUGGACUCAGGGAGCUGAAUACUUAUGCAACGACUAUAUUUUAUUUAUUUCAUUUUUAUUAAUGUUUUAAACAUUUUAUCAUUUUUCUUCCACAUUGACAUUAGAGUAUUUUGUGUAGAUUGUUGACAAAAAAUGACAAUUAAAUCCAUUUUAAUCCUACUUUGUAACACAAUAUAAUGUGAAGAAAUACAAGGGGUCUGAAUACUUUAGCAAGGCACUGUAUAUCACCCUGACUGCUUUAACCAAACAUAUCGAUUUAGCCUAGUCAAAUGUACUUAUGUAUAUAAGAGCUUACAUGUUCUGUUCUUCUAGGGAUGGGGAUGCUUGCCAGUGUGUACACAGAUGACGAGGAGAGGGGAAAUGCCAUUGGGAUAGCCCUGGGUGGUCUCGCCAUGGGUGUGCUGGGUAUGUACACAAUUCAUGACGCAUUUGAGCUCUUUGUAGACUACUGUAACAGGCCAUGGUUGGCCCAAAUCAUUGACCAUCUUUACUUUCUUCCACCCAGUGGGCCCACCAUUCGGCAGUGUCAUGUAUGAGUUUGUGGGGAAAACGGCACCUUUCCUCAUUCUGGCUGUUCUGGCUGUGCUGGAUGGAGGUAAGUAAUGUGGCCAUGUUUCUCUCUAUCAUAAAGCAGAUAUUCUGUUUUCUCUAAUCAGGAGUCACCUGUUAGGGAUGCUAACUAAGUUCAUCCUCUGUGUCUCCCAACAGCACUGCAACUGUUCAUUCUCCAGCCCUCAAAGGUGGAACCAGAGGUGUGUAUCGUUAUAGAUUUUACAGCUCUUUUUAAGAUUAUUGAUGUAAAUUCAUUGGAAUUGUGUAGGAAUGUGUUCACAAUCACCAGAUCACUGUGAUAUGAAAGUGGGGAUCAAUAGAGUAUUAUAAGUGAUUUGAUUGGGAUUGAUUGGAUUCAUACAGCAUCUUUCCAGAUGCUUAAAGUGCUUUACACUGUUUAGGGUAAACAAAAUAGUGCACUGGCCAUUAAAAGUAAUUUAACACAGAAUAAAUAUACUUUUCUCUGUCAGAACUCUUCUGCCAUGCACACAGAUAAGCAGAGAAAUAAACUUCAGCCGCUCACAGUGACAGCCAUGAGUGAUGAUAUGUUUGGAAGUGACUUCCAGCCAGGUUUUUAUAUCAGAGCGGCAGCCCGGUCUGUGUUCUGUGUAGGUCUCUGGUAUGAUGGGUUACCAUCCCAGUUAGAGGAGACGUGUGCCUGGGAUGGAUAUUCCUAUCACAGCCCCUCUGAAUUUGAUCUAUGGGGCUGAUGUGUAUCAGUCACCACGGAUACCAAGGAGGCAGCGACAGAGACCCAAUCAGAUGGUGGCUGUGAUUAUCAGACCAAUGACGCUUAGACAUUGUUUAGUUGUGAAUGAAGAAUAUUAAAAAGGGAAAAAGGGAAUGGGACAUGACAAUCCUCACUAUUAGUACAUCUCUGUGGCUGAGAUUUCUAACAGUGAUGUGAAUACAUGAUCAUUAAGCUUAGAGAUGGUGUCAGAGUAACUGACAAGAGGUUAUUGUCAGAGCUGUGCCAGUCAUUAGUGAACUCAAUGGCUAUGUGUGGACAUUUCCUAUUCAUUACUGUAAGAGCAGGGACCAUCAGAAUAGAGAGGAAAAGUGGUCUUUCAGUGUGCACAAAUACUGUGCAUACUGAAAGCACAGAUAGUAACCGUACAUCACUGUACAUCAUUGUGGAAUGUAAAGGCACAGACAGUACUGUAGUAAUUAAGUACCACAUAAUUAUUCGUGGCAUCCUUUUUGUAUUAAUCAGUUUUGACAUGAAACUGAUAGCUGUCUGUUUAGCUCUACAUUUUCUGAUCCUUUUCUCUCUACAGAGCCAGAAAGGGUCCUCACUGUGGAGCCUUAUUAAAGAUCCAUACAUACUCAUUGCUGCAGGUAAGAAUUCAUAAUUUAUUAUUGUUAGUCAUAUUAUUACUUCAUUCUGAAGUACCCGCUGUGGCAUUUCCCAUUUCAGUCACACUAAGCGAAAAGCAACUAGGUGGGAGCAAAGAUGUGGAUGAAGAAUUGACUGAGAUGGUCGAACAAAUUGUAUUUCAGUGGUUGAAUUUGUGCCCUGAGCUAGGAAAAGACAAACACUGUGCCUACCAAUUGAUUUCUGGGUUAAGAACAGUAUUAUUGCCAGAAAGAGUGUUGAGAGGGAGCGAGCACUGCAUGUUAGAAGGGGUCAUCUCCGCAUCAGAAUAGACUGUGUAUGUGUGUGGGUGCGUGCGUGCGUGCACACUUGCUUGUGUGUGUUGGAGUAUGUGUAAUGCUGAAGUGCUGGGGGAAACAGCAUAUAUGUGUCAGUGAGCCUCCCCACCACUUCAAUUACCAGGCCCUUUGGCCAGGGUGGCCUAAUACUUGUUAUUAUAUUUCUGAGGGGGAGGGCGGGGGCUGACGGGGACACACAAAAUGUGUAAAGAUGGAGAAUAAUGGGCCCAGGGUCCACUUAUCCUCCAUUACAUUCUCUUUUCCAGGAUCCAUUUGUUUUGCAAACAUGGCCAUCGCCAUGUUAGAACCAGCGUUGCCUAUUUGGAUGAUGGAGACCAUGUGUCCAAGAAAAUGGCAGCUAGGUAUUUUGACAUUUCUUUUCCUUUUUGUCCCUCUUGACAACCCUGUUUCCCCUAUUGAGAAUGCUGCCCAUGAAACCAUUCUGCUUGCUGAAUGUACUUAGAAUAAUGGUCUUCAUUUCAACUCAAGGUUUGAAAACACAGCAAAAAGAAACGGCAUAGCACAAUAAUAACUUGAUUAUGACACUGUGGAUUCUAACUGUGGACUUACAAUAACUUCAUACAGUAUCUAGAUGAUCAUUGAAAAUGAUCAGUAGUGUUCUCCACCUCAUUGAACCUCCCGUUGUGGUGAAACGGGGGGGGCGGGGGGGGGGGGACAGGAUAUUAGGGUUUCAUUUGCGGGCGAGUGGAGAGUGGGAGUGUUCAUUACUGUGUCUAGGAGAUAUGCUGGAGAUGAUAGAGACGGAUAAUGUGCAUUCUUAUCUGGGCCCCUCUCUCUACCCUGCUCUCUCUCUCAAUCUUGCUCUCUCUCUCUCUCUCUCUCCCUACUCUGCUCUAUCUCUCUCUACCCUGCUCUCUCGCUCUCAACUGAUCUCUGUCUCUCCUCUCUCCCGCUCCAUAUCUAUCCCUGUCUCUGUCUCUCUCUCCCUCUCUAUCUUUCUCUCUGCCAGGCGUUGCCUUCGUGCCAGCCAGCAUCUCCUACCUUAUUGGAACCAACAUAUUUGGCGUCCUCGCGCACAAGAUGGGGAGGUAGGGAGGGAAAUGACUCCCCUUUUUUCCGUCUCCUUAUCUUUUCCUGCGUUGGUAUCUGUUUCCUGUGCUAUUGAGCAACUCUAAAUGAGAUUUCUCAGACAGGUUGGGUAUUUGCUGUUUAUUGAAGUCUCAGUGUGACAGUGUGUUUAUAACUGCUUGGCUAACGUUUGUUUGUUUACCACAGUUGAUCAAGUGUGUGCUCAGUCACAUAUAAAUCUUUAGAUUUUUACCUCACACUUUAUGACAAUACAUGUGUUUCAGGGCUCAAAUAUUGCCUGUAGUUAUAGCAGUAUUCUUUUAUAAAGUUUAAAAAAAGCUAAAAUGUGUUUCUCAAAAUGUCCUAAUCCUCACUCAAAGAGAACAUUUGCUUCCUCUGUUCGUUUAUUUGAAGUUUAUUAUUCGAAUAAAUCGGAUUUUGUGGCCUUGCGGUACAGAACAACUGUGAAGGGAGGGGAGAGGGAGAUUGACUGUUGUCAUUGGCAGACCCAGAACUGCUCUUCCCUUUUUUCCCAGAUGGCUGUGCUCUCUAAUCGGGAUGGUCCUUGUGGGGGUUAGCAUCCUCUGUGUGAGUACUAGACACAUCUUUAUCCAGCUCAACAUAAUGCUAACCUUACUGUACCUGUUUGGCCUGGUGGCAUCAUCAGUAUCAGGGGGUCCAUCUAAAGACAUUGGAUAACACUAUUGGCUAUACAGUGCCUUCGGAAAGUAUUCAGACCCCUUCACUUUUUCCACAUUUUGUUACGUUACAGCCUUAUUCUAAAAUGGAUUAAAUAAAAACAAAUCCUCAUCAAUCUACACACAAUACCCCAUAAUGACCAAGCAAAAACAGGUUUUUUGAAAUAUUUGCAAAUUAAAAGAAAUAUAGAAGAAAUUUAAAAAAUACCUUAUUUACAUAAGUAUUCAGACCCUUUGCUAUGAGACUCAAAAUUGAGCUCAGGUUCAUCCUGUUUCCAUUGAUCAUCCCUGAGAUGUUUCUACAACUUGAUUGGAGUCCAACUGUGGUAAAUUCAAUUGAUUGGACAUGAUUUGGAAAGGCACACACCUGUCUAUAUAAGGUCCCACAGUUGACAGUGCAUGUCAGAGCAAAAACCAAGCGAUGAGGUCGAAGGAAUUGUCCGUAGAGCUCUGAGACAGGAUUGUGUCGAGGCACAGAUCUGGGGAAGGGUACCAAAAGAUUUCUACAGCAUUGAAGGUCCCCAAGAACACAGUGGCCUCCAUCAUUCUUAAAUGGAAGAAGUUUGGAACCACCAAGACUCUUCCUAAAGCUGGCCGCCCGGCCAAACUGAGCAAUCGGGGGAGAAGGGCCUUGGUCAGGGAGGUGACCAAGAACCCGAUGGUCACUCUGACAGAGCUCUAGAGUUCCUCUGUGGAGAUGGGAGAAACUUCCAGAAGUACAACUCUCUCUUCAGCACUCCACCAAUCAGGCCUUUGUGGUAGAGUGGCCAGACGGAAGCCACUCCUCAGUAAAAGGCACAUGACAGCCCGCUUGGAGUUUGCCAAAAGGCACCUAAAGACUCUCAGACCAUGAGAAACAAGAUUCUCUGGUCUGAUGAAACCAAGAUUGAACUCUUUGGCCUGAAUGCCAAGCGUCACGUCUGGAGGAAACCUGGCACCAUCCAUACGGUGAAGCAUAGUGGUUAAAGCAUCAUGCUGUGGGGAUGUUUUUCAGCGGCAGGGACUGGGAGACUAGUCAGGAUCAAGGGAAAGAUGAACGGAGCAAAGUACAGAGAGAUCCUUGUUGAAAACCUGCUCCUGGGUGCUCAGGACCUCAGACUAGGGCUAAGGUUUACCUUCCAACAGGACAACGACCCUAAGCACACAGCCAAGACAACGCAGGAGUUGCUUCGGGACAAGUCUCUGAAUGUCCUUGAGGAGCCCAGCCAGAGCCCGGACUUGAACCCGAUCGAACAUCUCUGGAGAGACCUGUAAAUAGCUGUGCAGCAAUGCUCCCCAUCCAACCUGACAGAGCUUGAGAGGAUCUGCAGAGAAGCAUGGGAGAAACUCCCCAAAUACAGGUGUGCCAAGCUUGUAGCGUCAUACCCAAGCAGACUCAACGCUGUAAUCGCUGCCAAAGUUGCUUCAACAAAGUACUGAGUAAAGGGUCUGAAUACUUAUGUAAAUGUCAUAUUUAAAUGUUUUAUUUUUAAUAAAUUAGCAAAGAUUUAUACAAACCUGUUUUUGCUUUGUAAUUAUGGGGUAUUGUGUGUAGAUUGAUGAGGGGGAAAAACGAUUUAAUCAAUUUUAGAAUAAGGCUUUAACAUAUCAAAAUGUGGAAAAAGUAAAGGCAGUGUAAAUACAAAAGUAUGUGGACACCCCUUCAAAUUAGUGGAUUUGGCUAUUUCAGCCACACUCGUUUCUGACAGGUGUAAAACAUCGAGCACAAAACCAUGCAAUCUCCACAGACAAUAAUUUGCAGUAGAAUGGCCUUACUGAAGAGCUCAGUGACUUUCAACGUGGCACCGUCAUAGGAUGCCACCUUUCCAACAAGUCAGUUCGUCAAAUUUCUGCCCUGCUAGAGCUGCCCCGGUCAACUGUAAGUGCUGUUAUUGUGAAGUGGAAAUGUCUAGGAGCAACAACAGCUCAGCCGCGAAGUGGUAAGUCACACAAGCUCACAGACCGGGACCGCCGAGUGCUGAAGGAUGUAGCGCGUAAAAAUAAUCUGUCCUCUAUUGCAACACUCACUACCGAGUGUAGCAAAAUCAGCACAAUAACUGUUCGUCGGGAGCUUCAUGAAAUGGGUUUCCAUGGCCGAGCAGCCGCACACACGCCUAAGAUCACCAAUGCGCAAUGCCAAGCGUCUGCUGGAGUCGUGUAAAGCCUGCCGCCAUUGGACUCUGAAGCAGUGGAAACGCGUUCUCUGGAGUGAUGAAUCGCACUUCACCAUCUGGCAGUCCGACAGACGAAUCUGGGUUUGGCGGAUGCCAGGAGAACGCUACCUGCGCCUAUGCACAGUGCCAACUGUAAAGUUUGGUGGAGGAGGAAUAAUGGUUGGGGGCUGUUUUUCAUGGUUCAGGCUAAGCCCCUUAGUUCCAGUGAAGGGAAAUCUUAACGCUACAGCAAACAAUGACAUUCUAGACGAUUCUGUGCUUCCAACUUUGUGGCAACAGUUUGGGGAAGGCCCUUUCCUGUUUCAGCAUGACAAUGCCCCCGUGCACAAAGCGAGGUCCCUACAGAAAUGGUUUGUCGAGAUCGGUGUGGAAGAACUUGACUGGCCUGCACAGAGCCCUGCCCUCAACCCCAUCAAACACCUUUGGAAUGAAUUAGAACACCGACUGCGAGCCAGGCCUAAUCACCCAACAUCAGUGCCCUACCUCACUAAUACUAUUGUGGCUGAAUGGAAGGAAGUCCCCGUAGCAAUGUUACAACAUCUAAUGGAAAGCUUUCCCAGAAGAGUGGAGGCUUUUAUAGCAACAAAGGGGGGACCAACUCCAUUUUAAUGCCCAUGAUUUUGGAAUGAGAUGUUGGACGAGAAAGUGUCCACAUACUUUUGGUCAUGUAGUGUAGGUGAAAGCUAGGGUUUUACCAACCCAGUCAUGUCAGAUCAGGGGUUACAUACAAGAAGGGAGGGAGUAAGGAUGCAAUUUCAAAGUAUUGGAACAGGCCUAUUGUCUUAAUGUAUCUCAUUAGUCUCCAAAUCACAUUUUGAGUCUACAAAGGGAAGGGGAGGUCAAUCAGAAGUCAACUCGAAAGCCAGUCAGAAAACAGAGAAUUCUCUGGACACAGAUAAUUACAUUUUCAUUGUAGUUCCUUAUGCAAUUGUGUUGUGUGUGCAAGAACAAAUGUAGUGUGAGAACAAAGAUCCUCAAGUCCUUAGACCACAUAAAGAUGGUAUUCUGGAUUACUCUAUAAACAUUUGAUCAAUACAAAUCCUAUUACACUCUUUACCUUGACUAUGUCGUGUCAUAGGUUCCUUUUGCUAAGGACAUCUAUGGACUGAUACUCCCGAAUUUCGGUGUUGGUUUUGCAAUUGGUAAGUCAAUUUGUAUUGCAUUGUAUAGAGAAACUAGUGGUCGCUUGUAACGCCAAGGUAGUGGGUUCGAUCCCCGGGAUCACCCAUACACAAAAAAUGUAUGCACGCAUGACUGUAAGUCGCUUUGGAUAAAAGCGUCUGCUAAAUGGCAUAUUAUUUGUUAUUUAAACUACAACUUAUGAAAUUAGCAUCUGGUUUGUAACUGUUAAUACUGAAUUUCUCAAUGUCUUGUCUCUUGUCAGGCAUGGUGGAUUCCUCUAUGAUGCCAAUCAUGGGCUAUUUGGUGGACCUGAGACAUGUGUCAGUCUAUGGCACUGUGUACGCCAUUGCUGAUGUGGCUUUCUGCAUGGGCUUCGCUUUAGGUAAAUUACCGUCAGAUGCUUGAAAAUAACCCAGUCCCAUAGCAUAGUUUUAAAACAUUUCUAUCACACAUUCUUAUGUAUGUUUUUUGAGGUGUGGCAUAGUAAGAGUAGCAUCAUGAUAUGUCAGUUUGGGGGAAAUAAGGCCUCUAUAUCUGACUCCUCUAUAAGCUCACUAACCUUCCUUUGCUGAUGAAGGUCCGUCCGCUGGAGGCGCCAUAGCGAAGAGCAUUGGGUUCCCCUGGCUCAUGACCAUCAUCGGCAUCGUGGAUAUCCUCUUUGCUCCCCUCUGCUACUUCCUCAGGAGUCCUCCUGGGAGGGAAGAGAAAAUGGUUAGACACCUAACACCUCGUACACACAUAAGCACCUACACACACUAACACACACUUCACGGAGGUAUGCAUUUGUAUACUGAAUACUUGUAAAGCUGCAUCUGAUGCAGAGAGAACUAUCCAUUGCCAUCCCCACAGGCUCAAACUAUUGCUGUCUUUUAUAGGCAAUACUACCAGGUGAAACAGAGAGAGAGGAACUCGAGUUACACUUUGAUCAUGAGACACACUUUGAUUUGGCUGUCUAUUUAAGUUGACCAGUUCAGGUCUCAUCAUUGCUGUGUAAUGCAUUCUACUGCUUUUGGCCACCCCCACCCCAGUUUCCACCUGCUUUUGGUUCCCCAGACUAAAUUGAUUUAGAGUAUGAGUAAGCUAUGUAUGGGUAGGUAGAAGAGGAUGGCUUAUUUGUGCACAUGGGGAGGGAUAGGUGGAUAGAUUGUGCACAUGGUGGCUGGUGGCACCUUAAUUGGGGAGGACGGGCUCAUAGUAAUGACUGGAAUGGAAUAAAUGGAAUGGUAUCAAACACAUGGUUUCCAUGAUACCGCUCCAUUCACUCCAUUCCAUACAUUAUUAUGAGCCAUCCUCCCCUCACCAACCUCCUGUGGUGGAGGGAUUGGUGGAUAGAUUGUGUGUAUGUUUACGGUUUGCUGUAUCAGACACACCUCAUACAUAAACGGAUAGCAGGGUAUUCAGCUUGAUUGAAGUGUUUGAACUACAUAAAGUUUAUACCCCCUUUUGAACAUGUUGGGGGUAGAUGGUGGUGGUGAAUGUUGGUGAGUCUAAAGGUAACUGCCAAAAUAAAGGAAACAAUUAAGUAAAUGAAGGAUACAAAAUAUUGAAAGCAGGUGCUUCCACACAGGUGUGGUUCCUAAAAUAAUUAAGCAAUUAAUAUCCCAUCAUGCUUAGGAUCAUGUAUAAAAAUGCCCAGUUGCCCAUUAUUGUAGCUACCAUGGCUAGAAUAAGAGAUCUCAGUGACAUUGAAAGAGGGGUUUCAAAGGAGCAUAGGGGGUUUAAAGGGUGUGUGUGUCUCAGUCACCAGAUCUCAACCCAAUUGAACACUUAUGGGAGAUUCUGGAGACAGCUUUUUCCACCACCACCAUCAAAAGAUAAUUGUGUAGCAUCCCUAAAAUAGACAAUGCCAAGGCGCAUUGAAGCUGUUUUGGCGGCUCGUGGUGGCCCUACGCCCUAUUAAGACAGUUUAUCUUGGUGUUUCCUUUAUUUUGGCAGUUACCUGUACAUAGGUAGAAAUGCUUUUAUAAAUUGCACCUGAGUAUGUCUGCAACUAAAUAUUGGGUCAAAGGAUCAAAGAAUUACAGUGCAUUCGGAAAGUAUUCAGACCCCUUCACAUUUUCCACAUUUUGUUACGUUACAGCCUUAUUCUAAAAUGGAUCAAAAUAAAUAAAAAUAAACUCAUCAAUCUACACACAAUACCCCAUAAUUACAAUGCAAAAACGUUUUUUGAAAUUUUUGCAAAAUUAUUACAAAUAAAAAACAGAAAUACCUUUGCUAUGAGACUUGAAAUUGAGCUCAGGUGCAUCCUGUAUCCAUUGAUCAUCCCUGAGAUGUUUCUACAACUUGAUUGGAGUCCAACUGUGGUAAAUUCAAUUGAUUGGACAUGAUUUGGAAAGGCACACACCUGUCUAUAUAAGGUCCCACAGUUGACAGUGCAUGUCAGAGCAAAAACCAAGCGAUGAGGUCGAAGGAAUUGUCCGUAGAGCGCCGAGACAGGAUUGCGUUGAGGCACAGAUCUGGAGAAGGGUACCAAAAGAUUUCUGCAGCAUUGAAGGUCCCCAAGAACACAGUGGCCUCCAUCAUUCUUAAAUGGAAGAAGUUUGGAACCACCAAGACUCUUCCUAGAGCUGGCCGCCCGGUCAAACUGAGCAAUCAGGGGAGAAGGGCCUUGCUCAGGGAGGUGACCAAGAACCCGAUGGUCACUGUGACAGAGCUCCAGAGUUCCUCUGUGGAGAUGGGAGAAACUUCCAGAAGGACAACCAUCUCUGCAGCACUCCACCAAUCAGGCCUUUAUGGUAGAGUGGUCAGACAGAAGCCACUCCUCAGUAAAAGGCACAUGACAGCCCGCUUGGAGUUUGCCAAAAGGCACCUAAAGGACUCUCAGACCAUGAGAAACAAGAUUCUCUGGUCUGAUUAAACCAAGAUUGAACUGUUUGGCAUUCUGCAGCGAUAUGCCAUCUCAUCUGGUUUGGGCUUAGUGGGACUAUCAUUUGUUUUUCAACAGGACAAUGACCCAACACACCUCCAGGCUGUGUAAUGGCUAUUUUACCAAGAAGGAGAGUGAUGGAGUGCUGCAUCAGAUGACCUGGCUUCCACAAUCCCCCAACCUCAACCCAAUUGAGAUGGUUUGGGAUGAGUUGGACGGCAGAGUGAAGGAAAAGCAUCCAACAAGUGCUCAGCAUAUGUGAGAACUCCUUCAAGACUUUUGGAAAAGCAUUCCAGGUGAAGCUGGUUGAGAGAAUGCCAAGAGUGUGCAAAGCUGUCAUCAAGGCAAAGGGUGAAGAAUCUCAAAUGUAAAAUAUAUUUUGAUUUGUUUAACACUUUUUUGGUUACUACAUGAUUCCAUAUGUGUUAUUUCAUAGUGUUGAUGUCUUCACUAUUAUUCUACAAUGUAAACAAUAGUAAAAAUAAAGAAAAACCCUAGAAUGAGUAGGUGUGUCCAAACUUUUGACUGGUAGUGUAUGUAAAUGUGAUAUUACGGUUUUUUAUUUUAAUACAUUUGCAAACAUUUCUAAACCUGUUUUUGCUUUGACAUUAUGGGGUAUUGUGUGUAGAUUGAUGAGGGGGAAAAAACAAUUUAAUCCAUUUUAGAAUAAGGCUGUAACGUAAACAAAAUUUGGAAAAAUGUGAGGCAUACUGAUGAAUUUGCCUUGGUAGUUGUCUUCCAUCAAAGCUACAUGACUGUAUACAAUGUAACCACAGUACAAAGCUCUUUGUGUUCAAUCAAUAGCAAUCUUUUGUCUCUGAAACUAACAAAUUAUUGGUGGCUAUUUUAUGCUCUUUUAGUACUUUUUGGUUGUAUUCUGACUCUAGACAAUUGUAAUCUUCUCAGGCCAUCUUGAUGGACUCUAACUGCUCGAUGAAGACCCGAUCAUACUCAACACAGGGGAACACAGAGUACGAAGAGAUGGAGACAGAGUACGAUGAGUAUUAAUGGACACCAGACAUGUAUGUUACCUUCCAGAGGAUCUAUUUUGUUGUACAAAAAGAG